CCGGGCUCCUCGCUUGGUCUGCAUCCUUUGCCUGCUAAAGCUGAGCCGUAGCCACUGCCUCUUCAGAAGCAUCUGCCUCACCCCCCCCCACACACACAUCCAUCUGCACCAUGCCUUCCUCUGCUCUCCUCAGCCGAUACAGCGAUCUCCCCCAGAACGGCAAGAUCCAGGCCACCUAUGUCUGGAUCGGUGGCUCUGGCAGCGAUCUCCGAUGCAAGUCCAUGACCCUGGACUUUGUCCCCACCUCCCCCAGCCAGCUCAAGGAGUGGAACUUUGACGGCUCCUCCACCGGCCAGGCCGAGGGCCACGACUCGGAUGUCUACCUCCGCCCCUGCGCCAUCUUCAAGGAUCCCUUCGCCCGCGGCGACAACAUCCUCGUCCUCUGCGAGACCUACAACCGCGACGGCACCGCCAACGUCACCAACCACCGCGCUGCCUGCGCCGAGGCCAUGGCCAAGGUCGAGGCCGAGGAGCCCUGGUUCGGUCUUGAGCAGGAGUACACCCUCUUCGACGUCGAUGAUCAGCCCCUCGGCUGGCCCAAGAACGGCUUCCCCGGUCCCCAGGGUCCUUACUACUGCGCCGUCGGUGCCAACAAGAUCUACGGCCGCGACAUUGUUGAGGCUCACUGGAAGGCUUGCGUCUACGCCGGCGUCAAGAUUGCUGGCACCAACGCUGAGGUCAUGCCCGCUCAGUGGGAGUUCCAGGUCGGCCCCUGCCACGGCAUCGAGAUGGGUGACCACCUCUGGAUGGCCCGCUUCCUUCUCGAGCGCGUUGCUGAGGACUUUGGCAUCGUCGUCUCCUUCCACCCCAAGCCCAUCAAGGGUGACUGGAACGGUGCUGGUCUCCACUCCAACUACUCGACUGGCCCCAUGCGUGUCGAGGGUGGCAUGGCCCACAUCGAGGCUGCCAUCGAGAAGCUCUCCAAGCGCCACCAGGCCCACAUUGCCGUCUACGGUGCCGACAACGAGCAGCGCCUGACCGGCAAGCACGAGACCGCCAGCAUCAGCACCUUCUCGUACGGUGUUGCCAACCGCGGCUGCUCCAUCCGCAUCCCCCGGUCGGUCGCCCAGUGCGGCUACGGCUACUUCGAGGACCGCCGCCCCGCCUCCAACGCCGAUCCCUACCAGGUUACCCGCGUCCUCGUCGAGACCACCAUCCUCGGCGUCACCGACGAGAACUAAAAAAUCUGUUUAUAGACUCUAUUUGGAUGCUCUUGUGUCGCUCUCAUGCUCUCUCUCUCUGUACUUUCUUAGUCUCUCCCUUUCCCUCCAUUUGCCCUAAAUGGCUUGCCAGAGGGGCCCAUUCCCCUCGAUUCUUUUCUGUCCCUGCCUGCCGCCCCACCCCCGAAUCUACCUGCCUCACUCCUUCAGCCUGUCUCUUGGAUGAAUAUUAGGGGACGGUGAAGGUGUCGUGUCUCUCGGGCUUUUUUCUCAGCUCUGGCCAAGACGACAUUUUGUAUCAUCAGCUUUAUUUAUGACGGUAAAACAGCGAGGAUGUUCCCCCCCCCUACUUCUCCACAUAAUCAACCGGGACACCCAGUUUCCAUCGUUCUGCUUUUUUUGAUGGGAAUAUAUACACAUUCAUCAUUCA